UUGACGACAUCACCAGGGGACUCCUCCUUGCUCCCCUGAGGUAUAAAGGCUCUUUUGUUUCCGUGGCAGCAUCUCAGAGCUACAUCACACCCGCUUACAGGUGCUCACACUUUUCAAAGGACACCUGAACAACAGUGGAGGAGACUCUUCACUGCGACCUGAGAGGGAGCUUUGUUAGUUGGAAAAUCACUAUUUAAAUUUUUGUUCUGUCAUCAGACAAAGAGCCAGCAUGUCGAUGGGCAUGGAAAUUGUGGGCAUUUCCCUAGGAGUCAUUGGCUUUAUCAUUGCGAUAGUGACAUGUGCCCUGCCAAUGUGGAGGGUGUCGGCCUUCAUCGGAGCCAACAUCAUUACGGCUCAGACCAUCUGGGAAGGUUUGUGGAUGAACUGUGUCACCCAGAGCACGGGCCAGAUGCAGUGCAAGGUCUACGACUCAUUGCUGGCUUUGCCUCAGGAGCUACAGGCCUCCAGAGCAAUGAUGAUCAUCGCCAUCAUCCUCGGGGUGCUGGGGGUCCUGAUCUCUAUCACCGGCGCCAAGUGCACAAACUGCAUCGAAGACGAGCCAUCCAAGGCCAAAGUGAUGAUCAUUGCUGGAAUUUUCUUCAUCCUCGCAGGCCUUUUGGUCCUCAUCCCUGUCUCCUGGUCUGCCAGCGUGCUUGUCAGGGAUUUCUACAACCCACUCGUGGUCAGCUCACAGAAGAGGGAGAUCGGGGCAUCGCUCUACAUCGGCUGGGGAGCGGCCGCCCUGCUCCUGAUUGGUGGGGCCAUGUUGUGCAGCAGCUGCCCGCCAAAAGAGAAGCAGUACAAGCCUCCCAGGAUGGCCUACUCCGCCCCGCGCAGCACCAGUGCAGGUGCAGGCUACGACAGGAAAGACUAUGUUUGAUUGGAUCAUUCUUUUGGAUGAAUUGUUUGUUGCACAGAAGUGUUUUUUUGUGUCUGUGUUGUUUUUUUGCUUGUUUAUUUGUCUGAAACUAUAGGGUUAACUCCACAAAGAGACUCCGAGAUGAAGAUGAGUGUACAAAUAUUGAUCUUUCUGCUUCACUUUGCAUCAGAUAUUCACUGACAUCCUUUUAACCCCUUCUAACGCCUUACUGUAAUCCAGCAAGUGUGGCUUGUCAGUGACUUUUAUGUAAACGUCUCUGGCAUUAUGUGAAUUUAUGUGAACACCUGCUUCUUGUAUGCAUGUGCGUGUGUGUUGCUCUCUAUCAUUAGUGGCUGGUUUCAAGUUACACUGAAACUUUUCGUUAAAAUGCUGUGUGUCAUUUCACUGACAAUGACAAGGAAGAGCCUGCUCUCAUUUUACAUGGAUUUGGUUGUGUGAUUGUUCAGUGUGUGUGUGUGUGUGUGUGUGUGUGUGUGUGUGUGUGUGCUUUGCAUGUAAUAUUUGCUUAGGAGAGUUUCUGCUGAGACUGAAACUAAAGAUGGAUCCAUGAUAUGGCCCUAGGUAACAACUCUAUCUGCCUCCUCAGAGUUUCACAGUUUGAGGACAGAGAAGAGACUGUUUCAGCUGGCAUGUGUCCACAUGUGACUUUAUUUUAUAUUUAUGUAAUAGAAAAUUAUUUCUUAUGUGUCUGUGUUUCAAAUAGAUUUGUAUUGUGUCUUAGUUUCAAACAUUUUUGUAUAUUUUAUAUCAGAAACAACAGCCUGUACGGUCCUCUGUAUGUCAAACAAAGAGCCAAAGAAACUCUUUAGUAUGUGUGUGUGUGUGUGUGUGUGUGUGUGUGUGUGUGUGUGCAUGUGUAUGACUGGCUGUUGUAGGAUGUUUGUUUCUAGAUCAGCAGGAUGUGUUUUGUGUGUAGAAAUAUUCUAAUAAGUCAUCUCCAUCUCUUUUAAAAACGACUUUGUGUUCAAAGUUAAACACAGUUUGUUACUUUAGUGAUGUUUAAAUGUUUAAGAGAGCUGAUUUAAAAAUAAAAUGCU